GCAAAACCAGCUGCCAGACUCCCCACCAGACUCUGGAUCAGAACUGUGUUCUCCGCCACAGCUCCAGAACCCAUGGUAUGAUACUUCAAGGCCCAGUGGGCUACAGCCUCUGCCCCCAUGCCCACCGUCUGUGGCACCCAGCAAGCUUCCCUGCAGGUUCAUGGAGACUCACUCUGAGCACAGUGCUAGUGGCCAUCCUUGCACCAUCCCCCAAGGCUGCUGCCUGAAGGCAGAAAAUGCUGCGACUCCCUGGAAUCAUUCUACAUCCUCCAACUGUUUGGGUUUUAAUUAUUCUUACUUUCAGCCAAACACAUCUCAGAUUUCUGGAAGUAUUUCUGCAGUGUCAGGCAAAAAAAGGAAGCUCUCACAAUUACUGGGAGAUACUACUGAUUCUCCAGCCCAGUCUCGGGACUCCAGACAAGCAAUUGUUCAGGGCUGUGCAGCUGAAGUGCAAGAAUAUGACAGUGAUGGACAGAAUGCAGCUGUGGAAAAAUGCUGUCAAGCUCUAACAUGGCAACCAUAUCAAACUUCUCAGUGGCACAGCUUAUUUAACUCAAAUUAUGAAAAACUACCCACUGUAGAAUAUCACAUUGUCACAGAUAAAGGAUUUAAUUUUUCAACAACAGAUGACGCCUUUGUUUGCCAGAAGAAGAAUCAUUUCCAAAUCACAGUCCAUAUUAAAAUCACUGGACAUCCAAAAUAUGUCAAAACUCAGCUAGGGGGGAAACCAAUAGAAAAGUUUUACUUGAAAGUUUUUGGAAUAAAGGUGGAAGCUCCACAUCAAACAAUUGCUGUUGAACAAUCUCAGUCAGAUCGAAGCAAAAAAACUUUCCAUCCUUUUAAAGUUGAUCUACCAGGUGACCAGAUAACUAAAGUAACACUUGGAAGGCUGCAUUUCAGUGAAACGACAGCAAAUAACAUGAGAAAAAAGGGGAAGCCUAAUCCUGACCAGAGGUACUUCAUGCUGGUAGUUGGACUGUAUGCUGUCUCCCAGGACCAAUUCUACCUACUGUCUGCAAAUGUCUCUGAAAAGAUCAUUGUGAGGGCAUCUAACCCAGGGCAGUUUGAGAAUGACAGUGAAGUGCUGUGGCAGCGAGGACACGUUCCAGAGGCAACAGUCUAUCAUGGUCGAGUAGGAAUUAACACAGAUGCACCAGACGAAGCACUGGUUGUCUGUGGAAAUGCAAAAGUCAUGGGCAGAGUCAUGCAUCCAUCUGACAGCCGAGCAAAGCAGAAUAUCCGGGAGGUCGAUACAAAUGAGCAGCUGAGAAGAAUAACACAAAUGAGGCUGGUGGAGUAUGAUUACAAGCCUGAAUUUGCGUCUGUUAUGGGAAUAAAAAAUACCCAUGAAACAGGCAUAAUAGCCCAGGAAGUGAAGGAGCUUUUACCUCAGGCGGUUAGAGAAGCUGGAGAUGUUGCUUGUAAUGAUGGAGAAAAAAUAGAAAACUUCCUCAUGGUUGACAAGGAUCAGAUCUUUAUGGAGAAUGUUGGUGCUGUAAAGCAACUUUGUAAACUAACCAACAAUCUUGAAGUCAGAAUAGAAGAACUGGAACAGUGGAAUAAGAAACUGGCCAGGCUGAAACGGAUGAGCAGUUUAAAGUCAACAAUCAGUGGAGAGAGCAAAGUCAGGUAUAGUCGAGCUACUGGUCUUUUGCCAUCAAAAAAAUCACUCCCACUAAAAUCCCGCAAG